AUCAUCUAUCUUUUUAAACUUCUAAUGCAGCUUCUGGAAGAACAGCCAAAGGAACAGAGAGUACAAUACAGAGAAUCUGCCAAAGAAAAAACUGAAACAACAGUAUCUGCAGUCCAGGGAUCGAAAAACAUAAUAAAAGAUACCAGUGGGAAGGAAAGGAAAAAAUAAAAGAAAUGACACCAGGUGAACCAGCAACGUGUCCUGUAUCAGAUACUGCAUUCGAUAAAUCUCCAUUCAAUCCCAAUUCAAAAGAAUUUACUCUCAACCCCAAUGCGAAGUCUUUCACACCACGAACACCACUGUCAGCAGCCACAUCACCAGCUCCCUCUACUGUUCAGCAUAAUGGAAUGCAAACUCACAGCCCUGUGGUGGCAAUACCCCAACAUUCUGUAGUACCUGCUAUGGCUCAGCCUCCGAUACCCAUGCAACCCCAAUAUUUAAUACCGUCUCCAGGUGGUAUCUCGGUUACUCCUCCAUGUCCACCAACAGCAGGAGUACACCAGGCUCCAAAGUUUAGAAAGCCUCUUCCAGUGACAGUGCAACUGCGACCGGAAUUUUCGCCAUCUGUCCAAGUAGCUGCAGCCACGGGUCAACCAAUUCUAGCUCCUGCUGGUAUUACAAGUCCUCCACAGCUUGCCAUGCCUUAUUCCUCUCCAGGAAUGGUUGCAGGAGGAGGACCACCACAACCAGGCAUCCCUUAUGCUCAGAUCUAUUCUAUUUUUGGCCCCCGUAUGGUAUCUUCUCAGCCGGUUGGCAUGGCUCCCACGUCUCACACAAUAUCAUAUGCUGAAUAUCAACAAAUGACUGGGCAUCUCUUCAUUUCACCACAUAUGGGAGCAGCUAUGGGCCCUAGUCCUCAUGGAGUUCCUCUGAAUACUUUACAAAACAUGGUACCUCAGCCUUCAUCUGGACCCCAUUCAGCCUCUUCAACACCACAAUCUCAGACUCCUGGCACUCCUCUUCAUGCUCCUUCUCCAGUACACCAGCCACCCCCUGCUGGAUCCCAUGUUACGCCAGCUCAGACUCCAACAGGCCAUCCAGGUCCCCCACAUACACCACAACCUGUGAUUUAUAGUCAAAUGUUACCCCAGCCUUCCUUACAACAUAGACCACACAACCCUAAUACGUCUCAAGCACCUCAUCCAAACCAAAGCCACCCACCCCCCCAUCAUUCUAGUUUCUCAGGUACCCCUCACCCCCAGCCUAUGAUAUUUAUGCCCCACAACCUUCACACUCCCCAUCAUUCUAUGGCACCUCCAGGACCUCUUGCAAUCCACGGACAUCCAAUCCAUGGGCAUAAUCCAAGAAGUCAUGCUGGGACACCUACACAUGUAAUCCCACACAUGCCAUUGACUAUCUUUCCAACCAGUGGCAAUAUGGGUCCAUCUUCUACCCAAAUGGUCAGUGCUUCUGUUAUAGGCCAUCCACAAGGAUCCAACCAGGGACACCAUACCCCAGGACAAGCUUAUCUACAUAGCCACUAGUAGUCAAAGUAAGGUACCGUUAUAAAAGAAAAUACCCUGUACAGUACUACGGAAAGAAACAUUGACCUCUUCUGAAUGAAAAGUUUAACCAGCACUAUCUGCAUUUUAAAGUUAUUUCGAGUAGGAUAAUCAUAUGUACUACAAUGAAGACCUGAGAAUAGUUAGAAAUAAACAAGUUAAGCACCCAGAAAUGCUAUCAAUCAUGCGACUUCUCUGGAAGAUUAACUGUCAUAUUGACUCUUUUUAUUUAAAUAAAACUGAAAAUGUACAUUACAAACUUUAGAGAAUUAAAAAGUUGACCCCUCUGGGGAAUUCGUUAUGUAGCAAGAUUUCUGACAAAUAAAAGUAUCUCCACACA